AAAAUUGAAACAAGUGCAGGUGUUCGCGGGCACCUGAGCCUCCUUCUUAAGGCAGUCCGCCAGGCCAAUGAUGGCUCCAGGCUGAACCACGUGGGGUGCCCCAGAGCCUAUGGCACGGCGGCCGGCUUGUCCCCAGCCAGCCUCUGGUUCCCCGGGAGAGCAGUGGAGAACUGUCAAAGCGAUCUGGUGUGGCGUAGAGAGUCCGCGAGCCGCCCAGCGCCUUAGGCCUGGCUUGUAGCUCCCUACCCGGGGCUGCUGGCCCCCAAGUGCCGGCUGCCACCAUGAACAGUGAGGAGCAGUACUACGCGGCCACACAGCUCUACAAGGACCCGUGCGCAUUCCAGAGGGGCCCGGUGCCAGAGUUCAGCGCUAACCCCCCUGCGUGCCUGUACAUGGGCCGCCAGCCCCCACCUCCGCCGCCACCCCAGUUUGCAAGCUCGCUGGGGUCACUGGAACAGGGAAGUCCCCCGGACAUCUCCCCAUACGAAGUGCCCCCGCUCGCCUCCGACGACCCGGUUGGCGCUCACCUCCACCACCACCUUCCAGCUCAGCUCGGGCUCGCCCAUCCACCUCCCGGACCUUUCCCGAAUGGAACCGAGCCUGGGGGCCUGGAAGAGCCCAGCCGCGUCCAGCUCCCUUUCCCGUGGAUGAAAUCCACCAAAGCUCACGCGUGGAAAGGUCAGUGGGCAGGAGGUGCUUACACAGCGGAACCCGAGGAGAACAAGAGGACCCGUACUGCCUAUACUCGGGCGCAGCUGCUGGAGCUGGAGAAGGAAUUCUUAUUUAACAAAUACAUCUCCCGGCCCCGCCGGGUGGAGCUAGCAGUGAUGUUGAACUUGACCGAGAGACACAUCAAAAUCUGGUUCCAAAACCGUCGCAUGAAGUGGAAGAAAGAGGAAGAUAAAAAACGUAGUAGCGGGACCCCGAGCGGGGGCGGUGGGGGCGAAGAGCCAGAGCAGGAUUGUGCGGUGACCUCAGGCGAGGAGCUGCUGGCAGUGCCACCGCCGCCACCUCCCGGAGGUGCGGUGCCCCCAGGCGUCCCGGCUGCAGUCCUGGAGGGCCGACUGCCUUCGGGCCUUAGCGUCUCACCACAGCCCUCCAGCAUCGCGCCACUGCGACCGCAGGAACCCCGGUGAGGACAGCAGGCUGAGGGUGAGCGGGUCUGGGACCCGGAGUGUGGACGUGGGAGCGGGCAGCUGAAUAAGGGAGGGGAUUACGAGGCUUAACCUAGGCGCCACACAAGAACACUCUUGAUGGCACGAGAGCCAAUUGGGUAUAGCCGGAGAGAUGCUGGCUGACCUCUGGAAAAACAGACUGGAGCUUCUGAAAACAUUGAGGCUGCUUCUGAUGCCCUGCGAACAGCCAGGUCUGCCUCUAGGACUCUUUCCUGGGACCCGGGCUCCAAACUGAGGCCAAUAAAAAGGGUACAAACUUGAGCGUUCCCAUAACGGCCAGCAGGCGAGCUGGACAGGAUGCCUUUGUCUGCCCAGAAACAGAACGGCUGAGCAAGCUAAGGUUAAGAAUAAGGAAAAGGGGCUGUUGGAGGUUUCAAAGCGAGUGCUUCUUCCAAUCCUCCCUCCUCUUCUCCCUCCCUCACCCCCUUUUCCUUAUUUCUCUUUCCUAGAUUCUUUCCCCUCUUUAGCCAAAUAUUUCAUUAAUGUCCAUCCUUCAACCUAUACCAUUUCCUUGGAAAAUCAGAAAUUCUUCACACCCGGACCUCCUCGUGCCCCUAACGGGACCUCCAGGGUCCUGAGGGACAAAGGUGCAGAAGGACAUUUGAAGUUUCUGUUUUAGAGCGCGCGAAUAUCUUCCUGAAAGGAAAGCAGGUGCCCUGGUAUACCUUGGAAAACUAUUCAUAAUGCCCGGAUGUGAUUUCCACAUCGUAGUAGUGAUUAGAAGAUGGGAGGGAGGGGCAGGGGGAAACUGGUUGUUUUCAUUUAAAGCGUUAAAUUAACCAUUCUUUGCCAACAGGUCUACAAUUUGAAGUCAGUCAGUUGCUCCUUUCAAGGUCUGAGCCUUGUCUUUAGGCUGUUUGUGAAAAAUGCUUAAUAAAUAUGAAAAGCAAGAGAGGGAUUGAAGGCAACCUGGCUGAUUUCAAACCUUCCUAGAGGUCGAUGUUUCCAUUUCAUUUUAAAAUCUUAACUUGCAUUUUUCCGAUUAAAAAAUUCUUCUU